CAGCGGCCACCUCAGCGUUGCCGCAGGAUUUCCGCAGGGAGAGGGCCGGUGAUCCCCGGAAGAAAGGGCUCCUCUUGCACAUGUCUCGUGACUCGGCUGUCUUGUUGGCCAGCGCGAACUGCAGAAGACAGAAGCAUCGGGCGGAAUAUGGCCACGGAGGGUCCCGCCGCGCGUCGAGUCCAGGUGGCAGAACAUUCCAGGUUGCUGAAGCUAAAGGAGAUGUUUAAUUCUAAAUUUGGAUCCAUUCCCAAGUUUUAUGUUCGAGCACCAGGAAGAGUCAACAUAAUAGGGGAACAUAUAGAUUACUGUGGAUAUUCCGUUCUUCCUAUGGCAGUAGAACAGGAUAUGUUAAUAGCCGUGGAACCUGUGAAAACACACACUCUUCAAUUGGCCAACACAAAUCCUUUAUACCCGGACUUUACGACUAGUGUCAAGAACAUUCAAAUUGACAAAACCAAGCCUCUGUGGCAUAAUUAUUUCCUAUGUGGAUUUAAAGGAAUUCAGGAACACUUUGGUCUUAGUGACCUGACUGGAAUGAAUUGCCUGGUGGAUGGAAAUAUCCCACCAAGCUCUGGCCUCUCCAGCUCCAGUGCGUUGGUCUGUUGCGCCGGCUUGGUGACACUCACAGUGCUGGGAAUGAGCCUAUCCAAGGUAGAACUUGCUGAAAUAUGUGCCAAGAGUGAGCGUUAUAUUGGCACUGAAGGAGGCGGCAUGGACCAGUCCAUAUCAUUUCUUGCUGAAGAAGGAACUGCCAAGUUAAUAGAAUUUGGUCCUCUGAGAGCAACCGAUGUGAAACUUCCAAAUGGAGCCGUGUUUGUGAUUGCCAACAGUUGUGUGGAAAUGAAUAAAGCAGCAACAUCCCAUUUUAAUAUCAGAGUGAUGGAGUGUCGGCUGGCUGCAAAGCUCCUGGCUAAGUACAAAUGCUUGCAAUGGGAUAAAGUCCUGCGGCUGGAGGAGGUGCAGGCUGAACUAGGUGCAAGUCUGGAAGAAAUGCUGUUAAUCACAGAAGAUGCGCUUCAUCCCGAGCCGUAUAGUCCUGAGGAGGUCUGCAGGAGUUUGGGAAUUAGCCUGCAAGAGCUCCGAAGCCAAAUUCUCAGUCCCGAUACACAAGAUGUGCUUCUCUUCAAACUCUACCAGCGGGCACAGCAUGUGUACAGCGAGGCUGCUCGGGUGCUCCAGUUUAAGAAGAUCUGUGAAGAAGCCCCCGACAACACACUCCAGCUGCUGGGAGAGUUAAUGAACCAGAGCCACGCGAGCUGCCGAGACAUGUUUGAGUGUAGCUGCCCUGAGCUGGACCAGCUAGUGGACAUCUGCCGGAAGUUUGGGGCUCAAGGAUCUCGACUUACCGGAGCAGGAUGGGGUGGCUGUACAGUAUCAAUAGUGCCUGCUGACAAGCUGUCCACCUUCCUAGCAAAUGUACAUGAAGCUUAUUAUCAGAGAAACAAUCGAGGAUUAGCACCUGAGAAGCAGAGUUUGUUUGCUACCAAACCUGGAGGUGGGGCUUUGGUUUUCCUUGAGGCCUAAACAAUGCAAACUAUCUCAGAGAAACUAUUUAGGGCAUUUAGAAACUGGCAAGACUUAGUAUGCCACAGUAAAUUAAUCCUCUUUCUGUUUUGUAUUAUGAUGAAUGGUUGCUAUUAUCAAGAUUUAUUUCCAAAGAAAUGGUUGAAAGCUCUCUAUGCUUCAUAAUGAUUAUUUUUCCAUUUUAAAAUAUGCUUUCUACCAGUAAAAGCCAAAAGUAUGCUUGGACAGAUCUCUUAAGGAUGGUUUACUGAGAUUUAUUGAUUUUAAAAUGAAUGGUAAAAAGCAUUCAAUACUGACCUCAUGGAUUGAACUUGAAUAAAACAUAUUGCUGCAAUUAAGCCAGUUCAACUGCAUAUAUGCAACAUUCUUAAUUAUUUGAUUCUGACUUCUUUUGCAAUUCUUCAAGAUCGUAGUCUUCUAUAAUUGAUGAAGAUGGUGAUAGUGAUGCAAAAAAUUUACUCUCGAUAUAAGUUGUAGGACACUGCUAAAAUAACAUAAAAUACACUAUGUUAAAGAAUCAUAAAAUUUUCCAGGACAUCAUUUACUUGAAUGUGAUGGCUCCCCAAUUAACAAAUAAAAAAAUUUCACUUAAUUUUUUUUUCAGUGAAAAAAAAAUUUCAUCAUUCAAUUUAUGAUGAAAAUCCCAGGCUCAUUAAAAAAAUUGUCUUAAUCAUGCUAUAACACACUUCUAGUUCCUUUGGUCUUCAGCUUUCUGUCACAUAAUAGGGAAACUUAAAUGUAAGACACUUCAAAUCUUUACGUCUAUUCAGAAUGAAAUUGAGAAAUAUCUGGAAGAUAAUUCAGAUCGCCAAUUUGCUCACUAUCUUCCCCCACUGUCCCCUACCCAUUCCCAUGGGUAGGGGACAAAUGCUGCAUAGCUUCACAAGGCAUGCUUCCUUUUCAGGAACACCCCA